GUUGAGAGAGAGAGAGAGAGUCGCAGUGCUACUGUCUUACCUAACGUACCCACCACUCUACAGCCUCAGCAUUUAACUUAACAGCACGAACGUUAAGCUGACAAAAAGUUUUUUUCUUUUUUUUUUUUUUUAAACAGAAACAGAAUGUAUUUAUUUUUUAUUAUUUGUAUUACCGGCACUUAUAUUAUUUAAAAAUAGUUAUUUACGUUUGUACGUCUAUUUGUAAUACACUCGUUUUAUAUAUAUAUAUAUAUUUGUGGUCAAAUAGGUAUAACAAAAUUGUGCCGGACAAUUACUUAUUAAAAAAAAAAAAAAAAAGAAAAGAAGAUGGUACAUUUGACAUUCCUUCUGGUAUUGGCAGUUGCGGUUAAUUUCUGGGAGAGUGGUGAUGCAAAGUUUGGUGAAAAAGGUGAAACUGGUCCAAGGAGGAGGAGAUGUCUGGAUGGAAGCACACCAAGGCGUCUGAAGAAGAGAGAGAGACCCUUGUCAGUGGACGGCAGCCGCGACAGGGAGAUUUGUCACACGUUCUACCCGAGGCAGUCCUGCUGCCGGACCAGAAGUGCCCAUCAGAACCUGCACCUUCGGGAUGCGAGGAUAUUUUCUGUUACUAACAAUACAGAAUGUGCAAAGCUGCUGGAAGAAAUCAAGUGUGCACGCUGCUCACCACAGGCUCAGAAUUUGUUUCAUUCACCUGACAUAGAGGAUGCCGCUGAUAGAGAGCCAGUUCUGCCCUUGCUGUGCAAAGACUAUUGCAGAGAGUUCUACUAUGCCUGCAGAGGCCACAUACCAGAAUUAUUCCAAGCUGAUGUGGAUGAGUUCUGCCUAUAUUUUGGAAGACGAGAUAGCGGUUUGUGCUUUCCAGAUUUUCCCAGAAAACAAGUGCGGGGGCCAGCCUCUAACUAUUUAGACCAGAUGGAAGAUUAUGAAAAAGUAGAAGAGAUGAACAGAAAACACAAGCACAAUUGUUACUGUGUUCAUGAGAUACUGCGAGGCCUGAGGCAACCUGUCGGAAUUGUGAACUGUGGGGAUGGAUCUCAGCGGCUCUUCAUCCUGGAAAAGGAGGGUUUUGUGAGGAUUCUGACACCAGACAUGAAAGUGAUCAAAGAGCCUUUUCUGGAUAUCCACAAGCUUGUCCAAAAUGGAAUAAAGGGAGGAGAUGAAAGAGGACUUUUAAGCCUUGCAUUCCAUCCCAAUUACAAGAAAAAUGGAAAGCUGUAUGUCUCCUAUACCACCAACCAAGAACGGUGGGCCAUUGGACCACACGACCACAUUCUUAGAGUGGUGGAAUACACAGUAUCCAGGAAAAACCCCAGCCAGGUAGACCCAAGAACAAUGCGAGUGUUCAUGGAAGUAGCAGAGCUACACAGAAAACACCUGGGAGGUCAGCUGCUCUUUGGGCCUGAUGGCUUCUUGCAUAUUUUCUUUGGGGAUGGGAUGAUCACACUAGAUGACAUGGAGGAGAUGGAUGGAUUAAGUGAUUUUACAGGCUCUGUACUGAGAGUGGAUGUAGAUACAGACUGCUGCAGUGCACCAUAUGCAAUACCAAGGAAUAACCCCUACUUUAACAGCACCAAUCAGCCACCUGAAAUAUUUGCACAUGGACUUCAUAAUCCAGGCAGGUGUGCUGUGGAUCAGGGUCGGAUAGACAUAGAUGGCAGCCUUUUAAUACUUUGCUCAGAUUUAAGUGGCAAGAAUGCAACCGCAAGAAGAAUACUGCAGAUAUCCAAGGGUAAAGACUAUGAAAAUGAACCUUCUCUCUUUGAACUGAAAUCCAGCAGUAGUGCUCCUCUAGUUGGAGGGUUUAUAUACAGGGGCUGCCAGUCAAGGAGACUGUAUGGAAGCUAUGUCUUCGGGGAUAGGAAUGGUUAUUUUGGAACCCUCCAAAAAACAGCAACGGGCAAACAUUGGCAGGAGAAGGCUCUGUGUUUUGGCAGCCGCAGUUCAUGUCAGACCUCUCUUACUGGUCACAUCCUGGGAUUUGGAGAAGAUGAACUUGGUGAGAUGUACAUUUUGACAAGCAGCAAAAGCAUGACACAGUCUCACAACGGGAAGCUCUACAAACUGAUAGAUCCAAAAAGACCUCGGGUCCCUGAAGAAUGCAAGAGACAAGUUCAGUCUCCACAGCCCUUACACACUGAGUGCUCCCGCCUCUGUAAGAAUGGACACUGUACACCGACAGGACAAUGCUGCUGCAGUCCAGGCUGGGAGGGUGAUUUCUGCAGAGUGGCUAAAUGUGAACCAGCGUGCCGCCACGGUGGGGUUUGCUUAAAACCCAACAAGUGCUUGUGUAAAAAAGGCUAUUCGGGGACCCAGUGUGAACAAGUGGACCGGAGCAUUCGAAAGCAGAACAAAGAAGGCAUCCUUGAUCAGCUCGUAGACAUGACGUCAUACCUGCUGGACCUGACAAGCUACAUUGUAUAAAAACAAACCUCACAUCCUGUUCUUCACAUGCAAACUGCAAAAAGGGACAUUUAUAGGUUUGUUCUCGUUCAUUUCACAAAAACAUCACCCUGAUAACCGGGUGCCUUUCAGUCACACCAUGGACUCUUCUGCUGUAGUUGUCCAAGUUAGAUUUUAAUGUGCUCAGAACUGGUACCGUAGAUCAAAACAGAUCUUUUGAAGCGGCAAGAAGAUAACAUUGCUUUUGUGUGCAUUCAAAACCAUUUCAGUUCAGGGUUUUUACAUUUUUAUGUUUAAGUAUCUUAGCCAAGAUGACUCUUGAGGUGCUUGUGCAAUGCUUUGAACGUUUUUGGUAUGUGGGGAAAGUUUAAUUACAUGUUAAUCUGUAUCUUUAGUAUCAAGCUUGUAUAAAAGCUCUUUCUGAUGGGACUGGCAUUACAAGAUUCUUUCUGGAAUGCAGAUAACACUCCAUGCUGCUGUGUUGCCCCAGUGGUCAAUUAACUCUCAUGGAGGAAAUAAACAGUUAUUUUAAAGUUAGACACUAAGGAGGACAUAUUAUUAGCUCUGUACACCUACUGAGAUUAUAAAUGAAAAAAAAAAACUAAUAUGCAAAAGCACAAAACUCAUUAUAUAGGGGCCUCCAGUCCCCCAGUUAAUUUUGCACCAUACCAUAAGAACAGUGCAGGAAGAAGGAUCCCAGGGGGUCCCCAUGCAUUCCCAAAUGAGUUGAGCUCUUGCCAGAAAGUGUAUGAGCAGGUAGCCCAAAAUUAAGGAAUCUAUUGAAGCAUGAGAGGUAACUACUUUAUGUGCAGCUUCAAAAGGUAAAAAAAAAUAUGGCAUAACUUUAAAAAGAAAAAAUCAAUUAAUAUCUAAAUUGCAUCCUGUUACAAAGAGAGAGAGGCUUGGAAGUUCUUGAAAGUGCUAGACUGCUGUCUCUAAGAAAGCAGACAAGUAUUUAUCAGUAACCAUCAUGGUUCCGUUCUUUUUUUAUGUAAAUGCCCUCCCACCCCACCCCGCAUAGCCCUUUUAUUUCAUUAUUGCAAUAACUUUUUUGGCAAAGUGCAUUGUGAUGUUUCAUAAAGGACAGAGAUAAAAAGAAAACACAACAUUAUUCCAAAGCAAAUGUAUACUUGUUUUACAGUCUCAGAUUAGCAAGCUGUUUUACCAUAAAGAUGUAUUCAGUGUAUUUUUUAGUUGAAAAAAAACCUCUACGUGUAUAAUUCAUUUGUUAAGUUAAUAUAUUUUGUUUAAGUGCAUGCUUCUGAUAUCGAGCAGUGUUACACUGUGGCCUUUGAGCUAAUGGAAUGUAUGAACCAUUACCUGUUCUGUUUUUGCUGUAUAAAUCUGCAUCAGUUAGGUAUUAUUUUGUAUUCUUUUUUUAACCAUCAGCCUGUUGCCUACUGGGGUUGCCUUUUUGUGAAAGUACUUUCAAGGAUAAAAAGGAGUUCUUGACACUCAGCUGUUUUGUUGUAGAAAGGCAUGCUGUACUUAGAAACCUGUUUUAUUAGGGUUUAAUUGUUUUGUUUUGUAUUAUUGUUUGUAAUCUUUUAGCUGAUCCCAAAUUAGUACAAAAAAAUAAUUUUAUAAAAAAGGUAUGCAUCA